AUGGGAUCUAGCAGUCAGAUGGAAAUUAUUGAAAUUCUUUCGGCUAUUGACCCACAUUCCCUGAAAACGAUUGAAUUAUUGUAUCCGUCAGAACAACACGAUGCAAUUAAGAAUUUUUAUUACAAUGUUAUUGAAUGGCCGUUUCAAAUUGAUCAAUUAUCAAAAAUAGUUCAGUGGAAGAAUGCGGAACGUUUGAUUUCCAACCAUUUGACUAUUACAACGCCAAUCCCAGAAAUGAAUAUUUUGAAUUUUGUGUAUUUGAAUAUCCUAGUGAAGACACUUUCCUCUGAAGAUGUAUUUUAUCUGAAAACAGUGAGAUUCGGUGAACAACUGCAAGAUGACCUGAUCAACUCGUUUUGUGACAAACUUCAAGCAGUUUGUCCUCGAAAGCUGGAGGCACUUUUUGCCAUUCAAUUCCUCAUGAUUACUGAUGAGACUGAAAUCAGUAAACACGUCACUGGAGAGAAUUCGGCAAUCCAGGUGCUUUAUGAUCGGAGACGAGCUCAUUAUAUUCUUGUUCACUAUAAUCCCGAACGGCAAACUGUCGAAUUCUUCGAUAGUUUGCAGAUGUUUGACAGGGAAGGGAGUCCAUGGAUUCACGAAGAAGUUCAAUCACAUAUCAGUCAUUUGUUCGGACACUUAUUCACCUCUCAUAUCGCAUUGGACAUUGAUAAAGAAUAUGAGCGACAGGCCGACAACUUUUCGUGUGGUUAUCGAGUUGUUGGAGCUCUUGUCGAUUUGGCUCGUGAGCAGAAUCCAUCAACUCAAACCUACAGUAGAAGUGCAAUUCUGUCAUUUAUGCGAAAAAUUCUAUCCGAAAAAAAUCCGACGUGGGAAGUGUUUGAAAAUGCGAGAAUCGGAAGAGACAAGGAAUAUAAUGGAAGAUUUGGAAUUCGAGUUUGCUUUCAGAAUUCAAUGCAUCCAACGUCUUCAACUUCUUCAUCUUCUUCUAUCCUAACGUCUUCUGCUUCUUCUAGCCUCUCUUCGUUAACAACGGAUUCAUUGUCUUCAGUGAUUUCGGAGAGUUCUUCUGAAGAGCAUUCUGAUGAUUUUAGGAAUUAUGGGAGGAGAGUUGAUAGAAGGGCUCUCGCCGGUUAUUCGACACUUCGCCGAUUCGAUCAUUAUCAGGAUAUGGUUUCUGAUAGAAUUUUCAAAAAAUCGAUGCCUUUUUAUUAUUCUGAACGUCUUGAAUCGUCUCUAUCAUCUCCUGCAACUGCUGUUGAGUCACAAAAUGAAGGUGCAAUUCAAUCGGAAAGUUCAAUAAUUGGAUUGAUUCGAAAUGGAUGUCAGAAUCUUUUGAGUGGAAUAUUUCGUCGAAAAGAUGUGGAAGACAUUGAUGUGGAAGGGAAGAAGGAACAUCAGGAUUGA